GUGACUUUGAUCAGUAGCUAGUCUAGUGAAGAUGGCCGAAAACAAUGGCAGUGAUUAUUGAGCCAACUUUGCGUUCUCCUAGUACUUGUCAACAAAGAAGUUAUCUUUAAUAAAAAAGUAUAUAACAUAGGUACAAGACGUAUCUGCAUACUUAUCAUAUAUCAUUCCAGUGAGGUAUAUAUUAUGGCAACUGCUAUUCAAAAGAAUGGCAUGAAACCUUUAACAAACACAUCAAUAAAUCAUGUAGAGGAUGUAAAGAAUUUAGACAAUACCAACAUAUGUAAAGAAGAAAAAGAUGAGAGGAUAUUUGAUGGACAGAUUCAACCUUACAUGGAGCCUCAUGAACAAGAACCUCGUGAAUUGGAUAUCGUUAUCAAUAAUGUAGUUUGCAGCUUCAGUGUUAGGUGUCAUCUAAAUUUACGAGAAAUUGCAUUAAAUGGAUCUAAUGUGGAAUAUAGAAGGGAGAAUGGGAUGAUUACUAUGAAACUAAGGAGACCAUAUACUACUGCUUCUAUAUGGUCUUCUGGCAAAGUAACAUGUACCGGAGCAACCAGUGAAGUUCAAGCAAAGAUAGCAGCUCGUCGCUUUGCUCGUUCACUUCAGAAGCUUGGAUUUAAAGUACGAUUUAACAAUUAUAGAGUGGUUAAUGUACUGGGUACAUGCUGUAUGCCAUUUGCAAUCAAGAUAACAUCAUUUUCAUCAUGUCAUAAAGAAAAUGCAGAUUAUGAGCCAGAAUUACAUCCUGGUGUCACAUACAAAUUAAAAGAACCAAAAGCUACAUUGAAAAUAUUUUCCACUGGAAGCGUCACUGUAACAGCUCCCAAUGUUGCUGCUGUCCAAGCUGCAAUUGAAUAUAUUUAUCCACUAGUCUACGAAUUCCGUAAGGAGAGAACGACAGAAGACGAACUUGCCCUAACAACGAAAAAGCGUAGAAUGGGGCUAAGAAAAAGAAGUCGUGAUGAGUUCCUACAUGAUCCAGAUUAUAUAUAUGAUACCAUGUUCUCUGACGAGGAGGAGGAAGAAGAAGAGGGUGAGAGUGACGCCAGUUGGGACUGAGCUGUUUAUUUUGCUGCUCCUCAGUUAAUUGUGAAACUGUUAUACUUCUUACAUCUUGUUUAACGAGGAAAAGGAGAAAAAAAAAAAAAAGAAAUAGAUACAUACUGCUUUGUGUACAAAAGUGUUAUCUAAAGAGUGAAGUGAAGUAUUCUAUUUCCCUUAGUGAAAAGACAAUGUGUAAGUGCUAGAGACAAAUAUGCACAUGCAAGUGCUUCAAUUAUGAUUGUACUAAUAUUGAAUCAACUGAACUGAAUUUCAUCGCCGUAACAAUAUCAUCAUAAUUUACUUUCAUUAAUGGUACAUAUACGUACAUAGAUACAUUCUUAUAUAUUAUGUGUGUAUGUGUGUGCGCGUGUGUAUAUAUAUAUACACACACACACACAUAUAUAUACAUAUAUAUAUAUAAAUGUUAAACAUAAAAACAAUGUAUGCAUAUUCAUUGUGUUUAGCAAACAAUAUCUCAACACUUGUUCAAUCUUUUCUGUUUUCCAUCUUUUCCUUUCAUUUUUGCUCUUCUGACAGAAUUUACUACAUUUAAGUAAUUAGGAGUAAUCCUAAAAAGAACUUGUUUGUAACCAUGCUCCUCUAUAAUUUAAAUAAUGAAUCGAUUCGUGUUUAUUUAGUUUUUCAUUAUGUAAUGACAGAUUAUAUACUGGAUUUUUGUAGCGAUGGAAAGUGUAUACAUUUUUGCUGUUUUAUCAUUCUUUUUUUUUUUUUUUUUUUACUUAUAUAUAUAAUCUAUUUCUGCUUAAUUAACAUAUUGUGCCAAAGAUGGAUGUCUAAAAUUUGAGAUAAAGUGAUCAAAGGACAUCUGAAAAGCUAAAAAUUUUGUUUAGUAUCACAAUUUACUUUUCUACUACAAUGACAUAUUAUACUACAUUUGAAGGUAUUUCUAUACAAAUGACAUUUUUGUUAGUAAAUAACAGAGAGUUGAUCUAAUUUAAUUUGAUUUUAAAAGUCUUUUAAUGGAAACUUAUUUGGUUUUCUGUUAAAUAAGUUAAAAAAGCUGCAGUACGGGAAACAUUUGUUUUAAGUGUCUGUAUGGUUAAACGUUCUUACUCUAAAUGGCUAUGGGCUGUUAACACCAUUAACAGUUGGAACAGAAAAAAGAAAAAAAAAAAAAAAAAAGAAAAAAAAGAAGAAGAAGAAAGGGCCAUGUAAAAUGAUUAUCAUCCUCUAUUAAUUGUAUAAAAAUUACACAAGCCUGAUUGCAGUGUUUUAAUAUUGGGCUUCAUUAUUUAUGCUUGCAUCAAUAUACAGAUUAGUCCCAAGCCUGAAUAUUAGUUUAAAAUAACUUGUCAGUCCCCCCUUUUUGGUUGUUAUGGAACGUACUUGAAAAGUGGAACAAAAAAAUCAUAACAUCAGUGAAGUGUCUCAUUUUACCUUUUGAGAAUCGCAACAAAAAUUUAAAGAAUAGAAUAGAUUACGAUAACAUAUUACCCAUCAUUUCUAAUAUCUAUUAUCAACAUGUAAGAUCUUGUUCAUUUAUUUAUUUAUCACUCGCAGUAUCCUCAUGACGAUAAGCGUAUUUGAAUUAUGUCGUUAUCAUUUAAUUUUAAUUAGUUAUUGUCAUAUAUCAUAGUUUGAGGAAUGAUAAAUGUUAUGUUUUACAAAAUAUUCAACAAAUUCGAGUCUAAUACAUCUUAAAUACGAGAAGCUUGACUGACAUAAGGCUAUUUUUAAAUUCUGUUUGGCAAUAAAAGCUGGGAAUAGAUAACAUUAUGGAUAACAAAAUUUGUUAUAAUUAUACGGUGUACUUUAACGGAAACAAAAACAUUCUCUGACAACAUUACUAUCAUUUAAAAGCAGACUCAUGGACUUCAAAUAAGACAUAGUGUAAAUAAAUCAAGUUAUCCAGAUAUAUUAAUAUGUAAUUAGUUGUAUACAUUCUGAAUAUUAUAAAACAACACGUAUACCCUUACACCUGUUACUAAUUAUAUACAUUCUUAAUUAUCCUUUUUCAUAUCAUGAGUACGCGUGAAUGAAGAGAAACAUUGGCAAUACCUUUCAAUACUAUGAUGAUUAUUGAUCUGUACCUUGUGCCAUACAUAAUGCUAUUUGUACACUAAGCUUAAUUGAAUUCUCAUAAUCUCCAAUGAUUUAAUAUUAACUAUAUGCGAAACAAGUUCUUUUACAAAGAUGCUAUAGUCACUGCCCGUAGUAUAUCCAAAAUACAAAAAUUAAGAGCUCGAAUUUAAUUAAAAUAUAUAUGACAUUAGGCACUUACCGAAGCACCUUAAUUUUACAUUGAUUACCAAAUGUAUUAAAUAUUAUCAUACGAAUGAAGAAUUUUUAUUUUAAGAAUGGCAAUAAUGUCAGAACCGCUGUGUAAUCUAUAACUUUGUUGAAGUCAAUACAUAUAUACUUUUCAUGUCUUUCUUUCUUUCAUAGUUGAAAUAUAUACAAUAUGUAGAAACAUUAUAUACUUUUGUAAUUAUUUUAGACGUGCAUUAAAAUUUAAUACAAAGUAUUAUAUGAAUUUCAAGUGUUUUAUAGGAAUGUUAUUUGAACAAAAUCUUCAAAAACUUUCAUUUAGCAUUUAUAAAUACAAUUCUUUUUUAUUAUAAAACAAUAUCAUUCUUUAGUUUUUAUUUGAAGUCCUCCAUGUUAUGUCCUUUAACUAAUAUCAAUUAAAUAAUCUUGAUAUUUUAUGGUUAUAAACAAUAAUAAUUAAAAAAAUGCAUUUUAAAGUUAUAAUUAAUGCUGGAAUAAGACUAAGACGGUAAAACUUUCUUUACCUUAAGUGAUGUAAUAAUAACACUAAUAUGAAAAACGGCAGUAUAUUUAAUCUAUGUUACGUAAAACACGUUUUCUCGUUUGUUGUAAAAUUAUAAAAAAUGCGACUUAUGUAUACAAAACAUUUUAAAAGAAUUAUGCGAUACGUAAAAUAUUUGUAUCUUAAUUUAGUAAUAGUUUCUACUAGUUUAACAAUGUAAAUGUAAAGGUUUCUGGCAUUGUUCCAUAAAUCUUAUAUCGGAACCUGGAGAAAUUGUUUAAGGAAAUCUGAUGACAAUGCUUUUUCCAAAGCAGUAUUUGUUAUAAAAAAGAAAA